AUGGCAGAUACAAGUCCGAGGACAGAUACCUCGACAGAUGUUGACACUGAUGCCCAUAAUCAGAAAGUGAGGCUUCUGUGAUUUUCUUAAAUCCACAUGCUAUUUGACCGUUGAUUCCUUGAGGAAAUAGGGUUUAAUGCUUCAUUUAGAACUGAUGGGGAAGAACCGUGUCAUUGGGCUGUUAAUUAUGAAUUAUAUACCUGUUUUACUUAAAUGGGAAACUUAUGGACCGAUUUGUCUUCAAUGUGUCAUUGUAUCCUUGAACAUGAUAAUACUUCUGAUGAAAUGUUUGAUCAUUUUGUGGGUCAUCUUCUUCUUCCAAUAAAUCAUGUUCCUGUGCCAUGAAUUCAUCCAACCUCUUAUAUUGUUAUCGGGUCUUUUUCAUACUUUGAUUUGGCACAGAUUUAUUGAGGAGAUCCUUGACAUUCAUUAAAAUCGUGCUCAAUUUUUUUCAUUCCUCCAAUUGAAGGGGAGAUGAGGCUGAAUCUAUGAAAAAUGACGAAUAUGUGCUUUUUUGUGUCUUAGCUUGUGUUUGGUUUUUAUCAUGUGCUGAAUGGAUAAACCUUUAGGUGUUCUUGUUCUCUUAAAGUUUUAAAGGUUAGUUUUUUAAAACUAUGUAGAGAAGGUUGAGUUGAGACUGGCUCUAACAUUCGUUCAUAUUGGGUCGUAUAUAAAUUUAAAAGUUAUAACAGUUAAUGAUUCCUCAGUCUUUUUGUUGUAGAAGAAAGAAGAGGAAAAUAUUUUAGUGAGCCCUAGCGUAUUCUGUUUUGGUUUCUGCUAGCUUAAUUUAUUUUCCUAUGGUGAAAGAAAGAAUAAAUACUUGGUAGGGCUUACUUACAGUUGUGUGAAUGUAUUUAUUUCAGUUAAAAAAUGCACAUCAUAUUCCCCACUAAUGAUCUGUUUCAAUCCUGGGUGUAAGUUGAGGAGAGGGUGAAACAUGUUAAACUGGACAACAUUACCUAUUUUUAUCCAUUCCAAAGUUGUUUAGAUUUCAUGAUGGCACAAUGUUUCUUCUACCAGUGCCUUAGAUGUCCCAUUGGUAUUUAGAUAGUUCUCCGGAUGUGAAGCCUCCUCUGUGUGCAGUAGAGAGAUAGCGGAAGUUUACAUAUGGUAAUGAUUUAGAAGCCGCUUCUGAUUGAUGCUUAUUUUUCUUGGCUGCUUAGUACGAAUCUGGGCUUCGAAAUGCGAUAGUAGCGGCUUCUGAUUCGAGUGACAGAUCCAAAGAAAAAACAGGGGAUCAAAAGGUAAUGAAUAAAUAUUGAAUUUGCUCCCCUGGUUCACUGGUGGCUCAUUUUAAAUUUUAUGUGCAUAUUACAGACCAAUAAUUCUUCUCUUGUCUAUGGUUUCUCAGAUUCUUCGUAGGCUUGCUCAGAAUCGAGAAGCUGCAAGGAAGAGUCGAUUGCGGAAAAAGGUGCUAAAUAGUCCCUUUGAUGUUUGAGUUUAUGAAUAAGCAUUUCUUUAGAUGUUAUAUACUUAGUAGAGGGGAUGGGCUCUCUAUUCCAAGGGGGCUUCCAAGAGUUGAAGAAGGUUCGGUGGCGAAAAGGUCAGAGAAAAGAGAGCGAAAGAAAUAAAAGUUGACAUUUUCAGAAAUUACGAAACCCCCAAAAGUUACAAUAAGUUACGAAACCCUAAAAGUUACUUAUUGUAACGUUUAUUUCCCUUUGAAAGAAAUACAAGUUACAAUAAGUUUGAGACCAUCAAGAUUACGAACCCAGACAAAAUUCUAGCCCACCAAGAGGAAAGUUCCGGUCCAAUGGCACAAUCAGAUACCUGGUGUAUCUUAAUCUCUUUAAGAAUUAACAGCCCACUGGGAAGAAAGCCCCUUGGAGAUCUUGCAAGUGAAGCAACCCAUGGGCAGAAAUCCUUUAGUGACCUUUUACUGAAUACUCUUAUGCUACUCCCUUACAUUUUCAGAAACAGAAAAAGUAACGAAAACUCCUGUUGAUAUCUGUGUCACUGGCAGCGAAACCCCCAAAACCCUAAUCCCGAACACGAAUGUGGAAAAUAAGAUGCGCUUAACUUGAUUAACGUCUGGGCCUGGUAUUUAUAUGAGGCCCAUUGCACAGGGGUUGAACCGGACGGUCCAGUCUGGUUUGACACUUAAGUAAUAAAGAAAAUAUUACAAUAAAGGAAAAAUAAAUAAUACAUUUUUUUUCUACAACACUCUCUCAGUCAAACCACUCCAUUUCUAAGUAUGUGAUUGGUUCCGGUCACUGGAGAUUAUCCAAAGAGAGGCACAAAGGAUGGGACAGUUUAUUAUUUUAAGCAUCUACUUUGCUCCUGACCUCUUCAUAUCUCUUUCAUUGCUGGUGGAACGUAGCUCCUAAUUCCUGUUGCUCUGGAUAGUUUCUGGAAGUUCUAACACGAGAAGAGGCAUCCUAAAAAUGUGACACAUGACAUCCUCCUUUCCUAUAAAGGCCUUAAGAAGUAUUUAUGCUACCCAAAUGACGACUUAGGUGAUUAUAUGCUGGGAUGUUAUGCCUUCAACUUUCUUUCUUCUAUUUGCUGAACUUUAUCUUAGUUGUAUUUUCUUCCUAUUCUAAUCAGUGGGUUGUGGAAUUUCACUUAGGAAGCUUCGAUUAUAGACAGAUUGCAAAUUUUACUUAAUAUUUCUCCAUGUCACUUUGUUUAUGAAGGCAUAUGUCCAACAACUGGAAAGCAGCCGCCUGAAACUCACACAACUUGAGCAGGAGCUUCAACGGGCUCGACAACAGGUAUUAUUUAUAAUCCAAUCUCCCUCCCCCUUUAGAGGCUACUUUCCUUGUAUCACUAUCUUUAACUCGACACUUUUUUCCACAGGGUAUCUUCAUUUCUAGCACAGGUGACCAAGCCCAUUCGAUGAGUGGAAAUGGUAUAUCCACUGCCUAUUACCUCGUCACUUUCUUUCAUUGUCAGAGUUUACUAAGCACAAAGUAACUUCUGAUCUAUUCAGACUCCUAGGAGUUUUCCCAGUUUCUUUAUUUUAUGUUUUUUUUCUGUCAGGAUAAGUACUUACCUAUGACGUGUAACUGUCAUGAAUUUCGUUAUUCCAACUUAUGUGCGAUCAUGGAGCCUGUUCUGUGUUCCAUUUUACUCUAUAUAUAUUUUUUAUUGACUAUGUCAGUUUAAUACGUAUCUUUACUACCGAGUUCUCUUGUUCUUUUUCUUGCCUUUACUUCUUCUCACUAAAGUGUUGAUGGUCUUACUUUAAAAUAGUUCAAAUGUUAGAUAAUUUUUUUGUACAUUGCCAAAUUACAUUUGUAAGGAUGUUCGUUUGAUUGAAGCUUGUCUAUGUGAAUUUUCUCAUCAGCCUCAUAAAACAUAGUUAUCCGAACUGCCAUAUAGCAGUUGUUCUGCAGUUAAUCAUACACAGAUUAAUGGUCCAAUGAAAUUGGUGGGGAUUAAGGAUAACUUUUAUGUUAAUCCCUUCUCACACUUAUCAUAUUGUUAGACGAGUAGAGAAGUUUUCUGAGGGAUGCUUUUCCUUAUUUCUUUCUCUGUUUCAGCUACGUGGUGAACUCUUCUGCUUGAGGUCUAUAAUAGCUGAUUAUUCCACAUUAAAGAACUAAAAGAUAUCCCCUGCAUUUUAAACAGGAAUAUGACGAUAAAGGGAUUCUUGAAGUGUUUUUUUAGCCAUGACGCUGAAAUCUUCUUAAUUAGAUCUUUAUUUAUACCCUCCCUUUUCUCAUGGUUAGAUUAACCUAGAUUUUGAAAGGGCAUUUUCGAGAUAACUCGGUUUUCGGAAAUAUAAAUAUUCCGUUUCUUAUGCCUCUAAAAUCAUGCUUCAUUUUUUUAUGGUCCUUCUGAUCUUAAAAUAUUCAUGUAAUAUGAAAUUUUUCUACAGUUUAACCUUAAUGCUCUAAUUCAUUUUUAGUCUUAUUGAAGGAGAACUAUAUCACUCUCCAUUCUAGCAGAGCCCUACAGGGAAUGAGAGCGAAGGGAGGAUAGCUUUAGUUCUAGCCUUCUCCUCUAUUUUCGCAACUCAGUCUUAUUAUUCCUUUUCUUCUCUUGAAGCACCCUACACAGUCUUGGCAACUUGUUCUCAACAGUACUCUUUUUUCUUCUCAUCUCCAUCUAGAACUAUUCUGCACACCUCACGGUCGUUUAAUGCACAAUGAAGAGAAACUAAACUGAUGUUACCAUCCUCGACGCACAGUUUUUUGUCUUUGGGCUCCUAUUCCCAUUUUCAGUUUGAUUUAUUGGUACUUUAUGAUGGAUACAUUUUUUUAGUAUGUUUCUCACUAUUGAUGUAUUUGUGUUGUACGGCCUUCUUCCGCUAAGUUGUGUGUAACGCAUGUUUCCUAUGCUUGAUAGCAAGGGAAUUUUUCCCAGUUGAACAGGUUCCUUCUACUUAAAGAUAAUAAUAGGAAACAAUGAAAUAAAUGAUUAUCCAUCGUAUAUUUAUUUUUUACACGGCGAAUCAUUUACCCAGAGUUCUUGUUCUUCGUCCAUGCCAUAAUCUUCCUUAUAUGGAUAUGUUCUAAUUGUGGGUAAUAAUCAGUACAAUAAAUAACGUCCAGUGGCUCUCCAAAAUCAGGAAACAGCCCAAAAAAACGUCAGUAUUACGGAUAAGGUCAAAACCUGUAUAGACUUCACCCGAAACUUGAUUUUCCCACUUCCGCCAACUAUGCCAAUUUCUUACUGCGUCUGUUGGAUACUAGGGCGUCAGUCUUUAACAUGUAAUGGGAUUGCAGUUAUGCAACGGGUUCUAAUCUGUGUAAAAUGAAUUGAUCAGUCCACUGAGACGAAACGGAUGAAAUAAAGGAUACUGAGCAAUCAUGAUGGAAUCCAAACAUGCGCUGUUAAUGGACAUUACCAUUUUACCACUCAGACCAUGGCAAUUAUAUGUAGGUCAUCUUUCAUAUGAACGAUGCAAUUAACAACGAUAUCUGAUAUCUCAUGUUUAGUGCUAAAUGUUUGUAUCUCUCGUCAUUCGCACUGACCUCGUCUAUCAAUCAUUUUUUAUUCAAUGCACAUUGGCCCCGCUUAAAUAUCCACAAGCGCAUUCAUUUGGCUGGACAAGGAUUUGGUUCUUCAAAGGAAUUGAAAAUGUACCCUCUCAACAAUGUGAAACUAGUGUACGCAGGGUCACAGCAUUUUUUCGAGAGGAUUCUGUGUGUCUAUGUUGAUUUUUGGCCUAGGACACAUGAAUAUCCAGUAUUCUAUGUUAUUGAAAAAAUCUCUGUAAAUGGGGACUGAAACCUUUAACUUUCUUCCUAUAUGCUUGCUCCAUCUCGUGUGCAUAGAUUUAUUAAAUUACUGAAAAAUAUUUUAAUCUUCUCUUAUACCUGUUUUAUUUGAAUCGGACUGAGUUGCUUGAUCAGACAUUUACCAGAGAUUGCUGUUCUCUUUUCUCAUGGAUCAAGGGAAACGUUUAUGAAUUUUCAGGAGCCCUGGCAUUUGAUGUAGAAUAUGCACGGUGGCUAGAGGAACAUAAUAAGAAGACCAAUGAGCUGAGAGCAGCAGUGAAUUCCCAUGCAAGUGAUAAUGACCUUCGUGGCAUUGUUGAUAGCAUCAUGGCACACUACGAUGACGUUUUUAGGAUGAAGGGUGUUGCUGCUAAAGCUGAUGUUUUCCACAUUUUGUCAGGCAUGUGGAAGACUCCCGCAGAAAGGUGUUUCUUAUGGCUGGGAGGAUUCCGUCCAUCUGAACUUCUCAAGGUCUUUAAAAUGUGCUUAUCUGUGUGCAAUAUUGUAUUUCUUAUAGAAUUUUUGGAACUUGCAAAAUAUUAAGGCCCCUAAGCAAUCAUUCGGUUGAAAAAGGAAGUGAUCAAAUUUGUUAAAUCAAAAACCCUUUUACAUGUGUCUUAAGAAUGAAGGAAGCCUUAUUUUGCUCUAAGCAAAGGAUUUCGUUUAUGACAUGAAUAAAAGUGUUCACGCAAUUUUCUCUUGGUUCUUUCUCCUAGUUAGUUGGAGUCGUUUUAGAACAGCAAGUGAUUUGCACAUUGUUUUGCUGUUUCCGGAAAUCUAUAUGAAAUAUUUCCGAAGAAGAUCCAUUAUACAAAUGGCAGUUCCUGGUUAUCCUGGUUUGGUUAGUUCACGAUUGACACUGAUUGUAUACUGGAUACUCUGGUAGAUCUAUUUAUUGUAUGUUUUAAAAUUUGAUUGCUGAUUUUUUUUUAAACACUAAUAAUCGUCCUGUGCCUUGAGGACGAAUGAAGGCUUAAUGCAUGUGGUUUACAAACAUUCGACUUUUGGGUUUCUGCAUACACCAUUCACACAAUUUUCUCCAAGCCUUGCCCCCAGAUGGAGUGCACUUGUAGAACAGCCAGUAAUGUUCAUGUUGUUUUCUUCUUUCUUGAAUUCUACAUCUGUUGUUUCUUAGGAAUCUCCAUUAUGCAAUUACCAAUUUUAAAAUCCACGAAGAAUUCGGCCUUUAAAAUACUGAAUUCAUGUCGGGUUGAAAAUUUAGGUUUUCAUUGAAUUUAUAUUAUGUUUAGUAAUUGGAUGACUUGAUUUCUUUUGUCAAGCUCUAACAAAGUUGCAUUCUGUCAAACUGGAAUGUGUGCUAUUCGACAGCUACUUAUGAAUCAUUUGGAGCCUCUGACUGAGCAGCAGAUGGUUGGCAUAUGUAAUCUGCAAGAAAACUCGCAGCAGGCAGAGGAUGCUCUUUCCCAAGGGAAGGAGGCAUUGCAGCAGUCCUUGGCUGAGACUUUGGCAUCUGGAUCCUUUGGUCCCACUGGAUCAUCAGGAGAUGUUGCUAAUUACAUGGGACAGAUGGCAAUGGCCAUGGGGAAGCUGGGAACACUGGAGAACUUUCUUCGCCAGGUACCCCUUCCUAUGACUUUUCAGAUGCUGGGCGGGUUGGGGGUUGGGGGGGGGGGGAGGGGGGAAGGAAGGGGGGGGUUUGGAGAACAUCGAAACGUCUUAUUUUCUGGCAUCAAUUUUUGUACAAAUGGUACCACUAUUGAAAUAAAGUUUCUGGCACUUUUUCCUGCGUAGAUUACGUGCUCCUAUGCUAGAGAUUUAGGAUUCCUGCUUUACGUUUGUAUGGACUAUUUAUUCGAGAAAAAGCAUUUAUUCAUUUAAAUUCUAAAAAGAGCAUCCUUGCAAGAAAAGUAGCACAUAGAAAAGGCAAUUUUUUUAUCUUUAUGUAAUCCUCAACAUGUGAUUGCUGUUAGAUUAUCGUAUAUAUAUUUUCCAAUUAUUUUAAAUAAUCAGCUGCUAUAUCGCUACAGUUUUUAGCGACCCUUGAUUUUGCUUUUAAUAUUCCGUAUACUAUGUAGGAACCUGAUACAUACUUAUAAGAAAUACUUAGAUUUUCUUUACUAUUAUUCAAUCACUUGGUUAGUCUUGACAUGCUUGAGUUAAAUGAUUGUUAGUGACAUCCAGGGUAUAGAGGGAAUAUAUAUAUAUAUAAACUGCAUUCUAGCACUGUGUAAGCGAGCAACAUAGUCAGGGCCAGGCCAUUGAACAAAUUUAAACUUCACUAGUUCUCAAUGAGUGCAUCUAGUACACAAAUCUCCUAUAAUAUUCUUAAACCAGGCUUGGAUCUUGACAAUACCUGCACCUCAAUGUUGGAAAAUUUAUUUACACUCCAUUCCUUUGCAAAGUUAGUGGUUAAUGCUGACUUUCUCCCUAUCUUUCUCUCUCGCUCCAAUCCCCCCCCCAGAUUUAUUUAUUUUUGGUCAUAUUCUGAUUUUGGUGAAAGUUUGUUAUUACGAUAUUUCUUUAAUGUCAUUUGGGCAUGUGUUGCUUUUAUUGAGUCCCAGUGCUCGGGCCGGCGUCUUCUCCUAAUCGUGGGCAAGAUUUUCAUUCCAGCUCUUCCUUUUAUAGCCUCCCUCUCCCCAGGGAAAAGACCCAAUCUCUCGGGACCCCUGAGCUCAUUCCUACCCUUAGGACAGGAGCCAAUGCCUUUUUGUUGGAAUAUUUGUUUCCGCGAGAAUUCCCACAAACCAGAGACAAUUCCAUCCGACCAAUCGAUGGGAACCACAGGCUUCAUGCGAUUAUAUCAUUUAUUGGAGUACUAAGGAUUUUGCCCCAGGAAUUCUGGAUUUUAAUCCGCCCCAAACCAACCCGUGUGAAAGAAGAAGAAUGGAAUUUUGAUGGCUGCCUUGAUUGCACCUGCGUUUGUUCCUCUUAUGGGCUGUGAACUACUGCUGAAUUAUUACUCCUUUCUGUUUCUGCCAGGCUGACAAUUUGAGACAGCAAACUAUGCAACAAAUGCAUCGUAUAUUAACUACCCGUCAAUCAGCCCGUGCCCUCCUGGCUAUCAGUGACUACUUCUCACGACUCAGAGCUCUUAGUUCUCUCUGGCUUGCCCGACCGCGCGAGUGA